AUGUCGCCAGUCGAGCCAGUUUCCAACGUGUUUGAGACCAUCCUGGUCCUGGACUUCGGUUCUCAGUACUCCCACUUGCUGACCCGCCGUUUGCGUGAGUUCAACGUCUACGCUGAGAUGCUUCCAUGUACGCAGAAGAUCGCUGAACUGGACUGGAAGCCAAAGGGUGUGAUUCUCUCAGGCUCGCCAUACUCUGUGUACGCUCCGGAUGCUCCACACGUUGACAAGGCUGUCUUUGACCUCGGCGUUCCAGUGUUGGGUAUCUGUUACGGUAUGCAAGAGAUUGCCUGGAUUAACGGCACCGAAGUUGCCAGAGGUGAGAAGAGAGAAUACGGUCCUGCGACUUUGAACGUUGUGGACAAGGACUCUGCUCUUUUCAAGGACGUUGAUCACUCCAAGGUCUGGAUGUCCCAUGGUGAUAAGCUGUACGGCUUGCCAGAGGGCUUCAAGGUCAUUGCUACAUCUGAUAACUCCCCAUACUGUGGUAUUGCCGACGAGGCCAGACAGAUUUACGGUAUCCAAUUCCACCCAGAGGUUACUCACUCUGAGAAGGGUAAAUUCAUGUUGAGAAACUUUGCCGUUGAUAUCUGUAAGGCCAAGCAAAACUGGUCCAUGGAGAACUUCAUCGACACCGAGAUUAACAGAAUCAGAACUCUUGUUGGCCCUGACGCUGAGGUUAUCGGUGCUGUCUCUGGUGGUGUCGACUCCACUGUUGCUGCCAAAUUGAUGACUGAGGCUAUCGGUGACCGUUUCCAUGCCAUCUUGGUUGAUAACGGUGUUCUCAGAAAGGACGAGGCCAAGAACGUCAAGGAGACAUUGACUGCUGGUUUGGGUAUCAACUUGACAGUUAUCGAUGCCUCAGAUGAGUUCUUGGACAAGCUCAAGGGCGUCACUGACCCAGAAAAGAAGAGAAAGAUCAUUGGUAACACCUUUAUCCAUGUCUUUGAGCGUGAAGCUGCUAACAUCAAGCCAAAGAGCGGUAAGGAAAUCGAAUUCUUGUUACAAGGUACUCUGUACCCAGAUGUCAUUGAAUCCAUCUCAUUCAAGGGUCCAUCUCAGACUAUCAAGACCCACCACAACGUUGGUGGAUUGCUUGAGGACAUGAAGCUCAAGCUCAUCGAGCCAUUGAGAGAGUUGUUCAAGGACGAGGUUCGUCAAUUGGGACAACUCUUGGGAAUCCCACACGAUUUGGUCUGGAGACACCCAUUCCCAGGUCCAGGUAUCGCCAUUAGAGUCUUGGGUGAAGUCACCAGAGAACAAGUUGCCAUCGCAAGAGCCGCUGAUUACAUCUACAUCGAGGAGAUUAGAAAGGCUGGAUUGUACGAGAAGAUCUCGCAAGCUUUUGCAUGUCUCUUGCCUGUUAAAUCGGUUGGUGUUAUGGGUGAUCAAAGAACAUACGAGCAAGUCAUCGCCCUCAGAGCUAUUGAAACCACCGAUUUCAUGACUGCUGACUGGUUCUGUUUCGAGCCAGCUUUCCUCAAGAAGGUUUCUUCCAGAAUUGUCAAUGAAGUUGACGGUGUUGCUAGAGUCACAUACGAUAUCACCUCCAAGCCACCAGCCACUGUUGAAUGGGAGUGAACUCUGCCAUUUGUUUCUACACUUUCCAU